AUGGAUAUACAUCGUGUUACAUCCCCACCUAAAGCAGGCACUGGUACCGCCCACUUGAGCCAUGAAUGUAGGCCGUUAGAGUUUGCUUCCACGACGAAAAUUCAGCCCAAUCCCGUCCCCACUUCUCACGGUUCCCCGGACCAGUCCUCACAUUUGCUUUGUCCUGCUGAACAACAUGGUAACGACGACAAAGUUGCCACGGAAACCAGUCAAUCACUAGUACAUCAAAGUUCCUUGCUCACAUUCAAGUAUAGUCUCAGUAUGCUGGCAUCAUCGAGUAGGAUCACAGACGAACUUCCGCCUAAGCUUCUCGGCACAAGACCAAUCUCCUCCAAUAGAUCAUCACUGAAAGCCCGAACAUCGUUGGUUUUACGGAUCGAUCUGGUUUCGGUUUUGGGAUUCAUCCGAGCUCUGCUACGUAUUGCUCAAAGCUUUCUCGCAAAGACUACGAAACCGGCUUCUCACGACUCUCAAGUCUAUCACAACUGUCUAUCAAUUUCACAGCACUAUGCAGGUAGAUAUCCAAAGUGGAAUGUUACAGAAAUUCUCGAUUUUCAAUUUUCAUUGAUGAUUCGCUGGAUGGAUUCAUUUCGGUUUCCAAAAUCUGAAGUAACGAUUCCCUAUUCAGUUUUGCAAACAGGACGGGAACAUUUACCAGCUAUAAUGAAACCCAAACCAUUAAUCACUUGA